AUGGGUGACGAGAGCUCCGGGGGCGAGGCCCCCGGUGAGAAAAAACCUGAUAGGGAGCGGAAGAAAAAGAGAAAGUUUGCGGAUACCACGGCUACUACGCCUGAAACGAAAUAUAAGUUAUAUGUGAAACCAAAUUACAAGCGUCAAUUCCCGGACAAUCAAACUACCGAGUGUGUUGUGUAUGUAGAAUCACAAGACAACGACAAAAUAGGCAAUAGGAAUCCCAUUGCUCUAACCAAAUUGUUUACGGACAAUGUAAAAGGCAUAAUUGGAGUACACAGAGUAAAUGCCCACAAAGUGGGCAUCACUUUUAAAAAGCCCACACCAGCAAAUACCUUCCUGAAAAUGGACAGUUUUUUAGGAAAGCACAAAUUAAAAGCUUUUGUCCCGGCGAUGCUCACGGAGGCAAUUGGCGUGAUCCGAUAUGUACCUAAAGAGAUGAGCAACGAGGAAAUCUACAAAAACAUCUCCUGUGACACGGAGGUCAUCUCAGUCAAGAGAUUCAUGAGAAAAGUUGACGGCAAAUUAGUACCCCUGGGAACGAUUGCCGUUACUUUCGCUGCUACAACUUUACCGCAGUACGCAUACAUGCAGAUGUAUAGAUACCCAAUAUCCAUGUAUAUACCACCGCUGCUGCAAUGUUACAAAUGUCUGAAAUUCAACCAUUCAGCAAGAGUCUGCAGAGGGGAACAAAUGUGUUCAUCUUGUUCCGGCCAACACUCGUAUAAAGAAUGUGAAGUCGAUGAGAUCACGUGUAUAAAUUGUAAAGGAAAUCACCUGGCGAUCUCCAGAGAUUGCCCGAUUAAACAAAAGAAAAUGGAAGAAAAGAAAGCAAAAUAUGAAAACCUCAACCGGAGUUUUGCCACUGUGAAACAGUUCCAAAAGUAG